AUGGAGCAAUCCGCACACCGGAAGAUCACGCUGGAUAUUGCUGGUGAUCACCCAAUGCAAAGCGCGAAGUUCUAUUCGGCCCUUGUGGGAAUACUCGGGACGACACAACUCGGCAGCUUGGGUCUAGAAGGUGCACUAGCUGCAGCUCUGGUGAUCUGGAUCGCCAAGGUACCAACGUCGGUAUCCAUGAAGAAGUCGAAAUGGCUGGAAGCUUCCUUUUUCUCUGAGUACCCACCGGAGGAAAACAUCGAAGACUACACCCCUUACGAGUUCUUUGCCACACAGUAUGGCUACGGCUAUGGGAUGCGAUCGACGUCUGUAUAUCUAUCCAUGACGGUGCUGCUUCUGUACUGUGUUGUCACUAUUGGCUACAUGCUAUAUACAUUCGCCACUGGCUCGGCCUCAACGGCUUGGAACUCCGGAGCUGAACUACUUGCACUUGCGCUCCAGUCCAAAAGACCAGAUCAUUUGGGUUACGUUGGCGUCGGAAUCGACUCCGCCAAGACUCUAAGUGAAAGCGUUGGAAUUCGAGUCAAUGUAGAUAAUGAAGUUGAACUGGUGUUUGCGCAAGAUCGGGACUUCAACACAAGAGGGUUGCAGAAACUUGAACAGAAUACAGAGUACUAA